GCUUCUCAAGUCUUCAAUCAAAUGUUUCAAAGGGAAAUUUCAAUCGACAACAUUUCAUUCUUCCAAUCUCUCGUCUCAUAAACAAAGAAUUAUACAUCCCAUACACAAACUCUAAUUUCUUCAAUCUUUUUUCUUCAAAUCAAAAUACUCGGUAAUGAAGUAUGGCACCACUUCAAAGAUUUGGAAGUCUUAGGAAUAUUCAAAGGAAGUCAUCAUCGUCUACCAAUGCCAAUAUCAAUGCCAAUUCUAAUAAUACCAACACCAAUUCCAAUUCCAAUUCCAAUACCAAUACCAAUACCCCACAAGAUACGGUAACCCAGGAGGGGCUAAUUGCAAUGAGGUAUGAGGAUAUGUUCCCUGGUGCAAGGGCUCCAAUUCCCGUUACUGUCGCACCUCCACUUUCUCCACCUGCAGAAACUCAUCCUGCUUUUCGACCCCGAUUCCUCGCUCAUGAAUUAGAAGGAUUAAAGGAUGAUGCAAAGAGAGAUUCUGGUCUUGCUCCCACCACCAGUACCGUUACUCGAGAUCGCGAAGGCGAAGGCGAAGGCUUGCUUAACACAGUCGAUAAUGAUAAUGUCUUGGGGAUCCAUAUAAACUUUGAUUCAAAAGUGGCCAUGGCAAAUUCAAGUCCCACUCUACAAACUCAAUGGGGUGAUGUGCAAUCACCCGCAUUGGCAAAAUCACUAACAUUAAUGAAAAACGAAAGCUUUGGGCCAUCUUCUGCAGGGUCCUUGAGACGAUGGAAGACGAAGAAUGGUAAUGCAAAACCCUCUACCGGUACUGGUACUGGUACUGGUACUGGUCAUGGUAAAUCAACCCAUCUCCCAGAAGAGGAUUUCUCACCUAUCACAACUCCAAUACCCAAUGAAAGUAUAUUAGAGGAACAUUUUAUGCAAUCCAUGUCCUUUUCAAAAAGAGGUAGUAUGAUGCUGGGCGGAAGAAAGGCAGUAAAUGGCCAAGCGAGGACAAAUGCGACGCGAAGGUGGGUUGAAUCAAAGCCCCGUAGCGUACCAGCUUAUUGUGCUGACGAGAGACAUCAAUAGACAACCCAGCUUUUCUAUGUUAGCCACAACGUCGCCCACGAUCAAAGUAUUAUCCGACGAUUUGGAAAUGGAAUCACAAAAGGUCAGAUCUAUGUACGAGUCGGGGUCGGGGUUUGACUGGCGCGAUGGGAAGGGCGACGCAACUGAUAAUCGUUUAACUGUUGGAGGGGAAUCCAUACCCGAAAGACCUGUUACGUGAGUGUGGAACUGCUUACUGAUAAUUCCGCUCUCCACUAAUUAAUUUAGGGCAAACAGUUACCUGACUCCGAAUGGCAUAGGAGUACCACCACCCCGAUCCGCGAGCGCAUUAUCGAGCAGAAGACCUGCCGAGUUAGCUGGGGGAAUCGAAGAUUGGGAAGAUGUGAAUGGAAAUGAUGUCGAUAGAUAUGGCUUCAUUAGUCAAAGGACCACCUCCAGACCCGGCACACCAGAACCAAAGCCACCACAGCGCGUGUCAACCGUACUUCACUUGGCCUCGCAGGCACCACGACGAAAACGAACAUUCGGUCGAUCACCUUCUACUGCGACUUCCCAGCGUGGUCUGAAACGUACGCCGAGUCGAAAGGUUUCGGCGAGAUCAUCAAAAAGGUCACAGGUGGAUAAUGCAUCAAUACGCAGUUCGCGAAGCUCUCAACUAAGGCAGGCUGCCAACCGCUUACCGGGGAAUAAAGAUAGAAGAUGGAUGGACGAGGCAGGUGAUAUGUUGACUUUACCUCCUGGACUGGCAGAUAUUGCUGAAGAAGCGGAAGGGGGUAAAGGCAUGGAGUUGAUGAAGAGGAAAGAAUCGGAACGAACAGAGAAAUGGAGGAGGAUGGCGAAAAUAAUCAAGGGCAAGGAUGGAGAAGGAAUGGAAUUCGAAUUCGAUACGAAAAGUUCCAAAUUAAUAGAACGGACGUGGAAAGGGAUUCCUGAUCGUUGGCGGUCUGCGGCAUGGUAUUCAUUUCUUGCUUCUUCAGCCAAGAAGAGAAAGGGUAGCCCACAGGAGGAAGGUAUAAUUCAAGCUUUCCAUAGGCUACAGGAUCAAAGUUCGGCGGAUGAUGUUCAGAUCGAUCUGGACGUUCCUCGGACAAUCAAUAGUCACAUCAUGUUUAGAAGAAGAUAUAGAGGAGGUCAGCGAUUACUCUUUAGGGUACUGCACGCUUUGUCACUAUACUUUCCAGCUACCGGGUAUGUUCAGGGUAUGGCAUCAUUAGCAGCUACUCUUCUGUGUUACUAUGAUGAAGAAAAAUGCUUCGUCAUGCUAGUACGCAUGUGGACUUUACGUGGUUUGGAGAAACUAUACGAACCAGGAUUUCCAGGUUUGAUGGCUGCUCUGGAUGAAUUUUCAACCAAAUGGCUAGAUAAGGGUGAGGUAUCAGCUAAGCUAGUAAGUGUUUUUAUAUUCCACUUGUUUCGCACAAACCACUGACUUUGAUAGAAUGAACUCGGCAUAGAACCAACUGCAUACGGUACUCGAUGGUAUCUCACUCUUUUCAACUAUUCAAUUCCUUUCCCAGCUCAACUUCGUGUUUGGGAUGUAUUUAUGCUUCUAGGAGAUGAAGAUGAAUCAUUACCUUGCUGCAAAGAUCGACCAUUCUCAGGUGGUUUGGAUAUUGUUCAUGCUACUAGUGCGGCUUUAAUCGAUGGUACGAGAGAUAUAUUACUCGACAGUGAUUUUGAAAGCUCAAUGAAAGUCCUUACCAGCUGGAUCCCAGUCAAGGAUGAGGAAUUAUUGAUGAAAGUUGCGAAAGCGGAAUGGAAGUUACAUCGGGUGAAGAGGAGAAGUUGAGCUGAGUUAUUAAGGAAGGGGAAACAAGAUACCCGACGAUGUCACAAAAUCGUCACCACAUUGCCGUACAUUUUACUGUACUGCUAAGAGGACGAAUAUUUCCUUUGUUUUGAUGCCUUGAUGUUGGGCUGUUAGCUCAUUCAAUUUUUUCCCUUUUCAAAGUCAUUUGCUGCUCGUUUUUUACUGCACUAUACCAUACACGCAUGGGGUGGGUUUUAUAUUAUGUCAUUUUAAUCUGUUGGCUUUUCUUGAGAGAGAAAGGUGAAGUGGGGUUCUAUUCUUCACUGUAUAUUUCAUUUUUUUUUUAGGGAGGAAAGGGUCAGCGGGUGGGAUAAUAAAUAGCAGUAAAUGGCUAUGGAUGGCUAUGGAUAUAGCCUUUAAAUUUUUGCUUGAAGGAAGGUGAAAAUUAGGUUUGGGAUGGGAGUGAGAAUUUAUUGGAUUGGAUGGUUUGUGGGAGAGAAGGUAAUUGGAGGAGAUAAGGAGAAGGCGAUUGGGAAUGGGAAUGUUGAGUGUUAUACCAGUGGUCUUUCUUCGAAGGGAUAUAAUGUUUACUAUAGGGUGAUGUGGAGAGUGGGAUUUAUUAGAGUAGAAAAGUUGUCAUAUAAUAUGACAUGAGAGGAGGAAAAGAGGGAGAGGUGAAAGAUAGGGGUGAAAGAUAGAUAGGUAUGCAAGAUGGAGAUGCAAAAUGAAGAAUCCAAAAUCAGAUAAUUUGGAUGGAUGGAUGGAUGGAUGGAUGGAUGGAUGGAUGGCAAGUUAUAAAUAAAUAAAUAAAUAG